AGGCAGCCGGGGCACCCAGGAGGCCGCAGCAGCAAAGGGAACCGCGUGAUCCCUGCUGCUGCAGCAGCGGGGUGAGGAGCAGCCCCUCAUCCCCUUCGCUCUCCUGCUCCCCACAGCAGCUGGACAGCAUGGCCACCGAGCUGGACCGUCGCUGCCCCAUCUGCCUGGACACCAUGGAUGAUGCCAGCUACGUGAUGCCGUGCCUGCACCAGUUUUGCUUUGGCUGCAUCCAGCGGUGGGCUGAGAGCAGGCCCACGUGCCCCCUCUGCAAAUGCAGGGUGGGGUCCAUCUUGCACUCGGUGCAUGCAGACGACAGCUUUCAAGAGCUUGUCAUCGAACGGCAGGAGAGAGCCAGAACAGCCCCCCACCACACAACAUCAGCCCAAGAGCAAACAGGGGCACCCCCCAGCUGGCCGUCCAUGUUCCACCAGCCUCCAGCUGUGCUCCGGCCCCUGCUGCCCUGGCUGCGCCAGGAGCUGAGGCAGCUCUUUGGGGCUGACCACAGGGCAGCCUCUGCAGCACAGCGCCAUGUCAUCUCUGGCCUGUGCUACUUUGGCCUGGACGAGGGAGCGCUGACUUUGUGGCUGCACUGCUCCCUGCGAAGCCGGACCGCCAGCUUUGUGCGACGGCUCGUUGUACAAGCUGCGCGGGUGUGCAGUGGGCAGGUGCAACAUCUGCCUGGCCCAGAGGCCUCCCAUGCUGCCACAGGACGGGAGGGCAACCCCGCAACUGCCCGUGGUGCAGCUGCCCAUGGUGCACAGACUCCCGACCGUGGCCCACAGCCUUCCAGCAGCACCGGGGAAGACAAUGUGGAGGAGGAGCUUCCUGUCCCCUCAACUGCUGCCCUUAGUGAGGGUCCCAGCCAGCCUCCAUCCAUCCCGGCUCCAUGGCGGACCAGCCAAGCAGCAACACAGGAGGACCUGGGGGAGGCAGUGCCAGGUCCCUCAAGCACCAGCACAGGCAGGGAGCGCUCACGCAGGGCGCCUCGGAGAGCUCCGAAGAGGAGGGCCCGCAACUCUGAGGCCUCUGUACCUCCCGCCAAGAGGCCACCCCGUCGGCAGCACUAAGACACCGCCCCAGCAGCUGGCGAGAACAGGGCCGGGCCUGCAGCUGGGGCACAACCAGCCCUCAGGGGCUCAGACUGUGUAUCAGAUUGAGUAAUACAAUAUUAAAGAAAAAUCUGUAUUAGAUUUGUGGUGUUCCCAGGUUAUAUCUUGUGAUUUUGAUAUCACCCAUAAAGUUAAGGUCAGCUGAUCUCGAGGUAUCUCUUAGAACUUUUAAUAAUU